AUGAGUGUUGUGGAAACCAGUACAGAAGAGACCCUGGCACCUCCAGCCCCAGUAUCAGGGGUGCCAUUGACUCCGGGAGCACCCGACGGUACUGGGCCUCUCAUACCAGUGCCCGUAGCCCCGCGUAAACCGCCGCGAAGAGGCCCCAAGGUUCUACAAGAGCGCCCUAAACGAGCCUUGUUCUGUUUGACACUUAAGAACCCCUUGAGGAAGCUAUGUAUCGAUAUAGUAGAAUGGAAACCCUUCGAGUGGAUGAUCCUGACCACGAUCUUCGCAAACUGUAUCGCCCUGGCGGUCUACACACCAUACCCCAGCGGAGAUUCCAACUACACCAACUCGGUUCUGGAAAAAAUCGAGUACAUCUUCCUUGUUAUAUUCACGGGAGAAUGUGUGAUGAAAAUCAUCGCGUACGGCUUCGUGAUGCAUCCAGGUUCCUACCUGCGAAACGGCUGGAAUUUACUCGACUUCACAAUAGUCGUUAUAGGAAUGGUAAGCACGGUGCUGUCGAGUAUAUUCAAGGAUGCAUUCGACGUGAAGGCGCUCCGCGCGUUCAGGGUGUUGAGGCCCCUGAGGCUUGUUUCUGGAGUGCCAAGCUUACAGAUAGUUUUGAACUCAAUCCUGAAGGCCAUGGUGCCACUGCUGCACAUCGCACUGCUGGUCAUCUUCGUCAUUAUCAUUUACGCGAUAAUUGGCCUCGAGCUGUUCUCCGGCAAAAUGCAUAAGUCUUGUUAUGACAGACGAACAGACGAAAUCAUGGACUCUCCGCAUCCAUGUGACAAAGUCAACGGCUUCAAUUGCUCCAGCCUCGGCGAAUAUAUGGAGUGCCGUGAAGGAUGGAUCGGUCCAAACUUCGGCAUCACAAACUUCGAUAAUUUUGGCCUUUCUAUGCUCACCGUGUUCCAAUGUAUCACACUGGAGGGUUGGACUGAAGUUAUGUAUAAUAUACAAGAUGCAAUGGGGAACAGUUGGGAGUGGAUAUACUUCAUAUCGAUGGUGAUAUUGGGAGCGUUUUUCGUCAUGAACCUAAUUCUCGGUGUGUUAUCAGGAGAGUUCUCCAAAGAAAGAGAGAAAGCAAAAAACAGAGGCGACUUUCAGAAGCUUCGCGAGAAGCAGCAGUUGGAGGAAGAUCUGAAGGGAUAUUUAGAUUGGAUAACACAAGCUGAAUAUCUGGAGCCACUAGCCGACCAGCACGACACAGUAGAUCAGAAAAGAGAUUAUGGUAUGUUUAUACGUCAGACAACAAACGAAAACGACUCCACUGACAACUUGGGCAUCGAGAUGGCGGAGCCGAAGAAAAAGAUUUCAAUUGGGGAAUGUUGGAAGAACGAUUUUGAUAAAGUGAAUCGUCGCAUGAAGCGCGCUUGCCGUCGCGCUGUGAAGUCGCAGACAUUCUACUGGCUUAUUAUCAUUUUGGUCUUCCUCAACACCGUAGUCCUUGCGAGCGAGCAUUAUCAACAGCCCGAGUGGUUGGAUUUCUUUCAAGAGUACGGCAACGCGUUUUUCGUGGCCUUGUUCACGCUCGAAAUGUUGGUCAAAAUGUACAGUUUAGGAUUACAAGGCUACUUCGUGUCGCUAUUUAAUCGAUUCGACUGCUUUGUGGUGAUCGGUUCGAUCAGCGAAAUGGUGCUCACGAAAACGGAUGUGAUGCCGCCACUUGGGAUUUCUGUACUUCGAUGCGUGAGACUUCUGCGAGUUUUCAAGGUUACUAAAUAUUGGCGAUCACUUUCAAACUUGGUCGCGUCUCUACUCAACUCGAUCCAGUCGAUCGCGUCGCUCCUGCUGUUGUUGUUCCUCUUCAUCAUGAUCUUUGCGCUUCUGGGCAUGCAAGUGUUCGGCGGGAAAUUCAACUACGACCCAGUGGAAGAGAAGGACCGACAUAACUUCGACUGUUUCUGGCAAGCGCUACUGACAGUUUUCCAGAUCUUAACAGGUGAAGACUGGAACGCUGUCAUGUAUGAAGGUAUUAAAGCGUAUGGCGGUGUGGGCUCGGUCGGAAUAUUGGCAUGUAUUUAUUUUAUCAUCUUGUUCAUCUGCGGUAACUACAUCCUACUGAACGUCUUCUUGGCCAUUGCUGUAGAUAAUUUGGCUGACGCAGAGUCGUUGACUAACAUCGAGAAAGAAGAAGGUCAAGCAGCAGAAGAAAAAGACGAAGGCAGUGUAGUUGCUGAAGGAGGUCAUGCAGAUACUGACGAUGAAUACAUUCACGACGAUGACGCAUACACUACUGAUAACUCCGAUCGAGAAUACGAAGAGACAGGAUCAGAAGGUGAGCAUCAGGAGGAAUUGGAAUGUGAGGAGGAUAUUGAAGCCGAAGAAGAAGUUGAAGAAGAAAGACUAGAAGAAGAACAGGAAAGAGAAGAUCAUGAAAUGAUGGAGAGCCAUCAAAGGAACCAUAUCGUGAACACAGAAUAUGAUGACGAGCCCCGACUGAAACGUAAGCCAACUACGUCGUCAGCGCGUCCCCGACGUCUGUCAGAAGUCGAUAUACGGGACUCUAUGAAACCAAUACCUGAUGCAUCGUCGUUCUUCAUAUUUUCCAAAGACAACAGGUUAGGGCAAUGGAGACGAGGAAUUUCAACCACGGCUUUGAUUUAA